AUGUAUUUCGCACCCUUGCUGCGCAAGGGGUUUAUAAAUAAACCAAUGACCAUAGGGAUUCCCUUGGCUGCCAGACGCGAAGUAUUAGACUUCGAAUCCUUGUCGUUUCUGACUAAGCAGAACCCCAAAUUUCUGAGCAGCUUGCGAACAAUUCCAAUUCCACCUUUUGAGAUGCUUCGAUUGGACAGAUGA